AUGCUCAAAAACGCGUUACAAUCAAUCCCAGACAAUUCCCGACAAGUCUUCUCCACCUCGUCCGCGUCGUCUGAGGAGGAUCCAUCGAGGACCCCUCCACGCGUUCGGUCGCCCGUGAUGCGCACCAACGAGCUUCAAGAGCCCGAAUGCAUCCGUCAAAAGCAUUUUGCGGCAAAGGCAAAGGCCAAACGGCGGUACUCUCAAUACCAAGCAAGUGUAAUGCGACAACAUCCUGGACCAAUGCCAUCUCCCUUUUUCACCUUUACCGUCGAAUCCAGAGUCGUCAAGAAACCGCGUGUCUCUGCUCCCUCGACCAUGAGCCCCUUUCUUCAAGCUUAUCCACACUCUGAUGCAUCCUACAAGACAUAUGGAGCGAUAAAGCCGCCGACAAAGCGGUCGAAAUACGUCGUCAACCCGGCCGAUUUGCCCUCGUCGGACGACCUUGCAGCAGUGACGCUUCACCUCCAAAACGACGAAGACGACGAAAUGAUGCACUUGGAUGACGACGAGUCACCAACGUAUCAGCUAGAGGACCCCUUCAAUUACUGA